AGUGGAGUGGACAGUGAGCCAAGAGCACAGAUUGCAUGUGUAAUGUCAAUAGUCAGUGAGAAAGGCCAGUUUAUGUGACAGAGAAUUUUAUCUAAACAUCAAAUUUAAAAUUGGAAAUGCGUAGUAACGCGCGUGGUCACCUAGCAAACUGGAAAACUCCACUGGAAUGUGGUAAUUUUUGAUGCCUGUUUUACUUGGAUAAUUCCCUUGGAUUUUCAAAUCGGAACUCAAAUUGGAAUUAAGCAAUGAUAUACCUCACUGGCCUGUUGUGUCUCAUCAGUACAUUAGAUGCGGUCAUGGAUCUUACCAUGACAUCAAAUGGCGCCAGUUCUCACCAGCAAUUUCUCCUUUCCUGCAUCUCUGGGGAGCGCAACACGGAUGGACUGGAACUUAGCAUCACAAAGGACAACAGCAUAAUCCGUGUCCCCAGCAAGCCCCAUUUCACUGUGAAGAAGCUUCAACCUAAGGAAGUGGAGGCUUCUGGCUUCACAAACUUAGAGCACAAAGGCAUCUUCUACUGCCACUCCAACCAGGGGUCCAACCACCGUGCAACUGUCACAUCCAUCAGCAACUAUGACACAAGUCAAUUUAAACCACAGAGGAUCUCUCUGAUGGCUAAUAAAGGAGACACGGUGCAUGUGCAAAUGGAAGUCCUGGGCACUGAGAAAAGAGAUGUCACAUGGAAAUUCAAUGGUAACUACUACUAUAUGACACACUGGGGAGAUGUCCACAAUCACACAGCCAUUCUCACCCUGAAUAAUGUUGAACAGACCAAUGCAGGGAUCUAUAGUGCCAGUUAUGUAGGGCACAGCCCAGUGUUUGCAGGCUUGAUGCGGUUAAUCGUUCGAGCUUGUCCAAAGAACAAAUGGGGCACAGACUGUGACAAGGAAUGCCCUCAGUGUCUUAAUGGAGGUGUCUGUCAUGACAGAGACGGCGACUGUGUCUGUCCUCCAGGCUUCAUGGGAACACGCUGUGAGACAGCCUGUCGGGAAGGAAUGUUUGGUCGGAACUGCCAGGAGUCCUGUAAGGCAGAGAGUGGCUGCCAGCGUUUGAAUUUCUGCCUUGUUGACCCCUAUGGCUGCUCCUGUGCAAGUGGCUGGCAUGGAGAUCGGUGUGACAAACCCUGUCCUGAAGGAAGGUAUGGAGCUGACUGCCGGUUGAGCUGCAAUUGUGAAAACAAGGGGAAAUGUAAUCGCUUCAGUGGCUGCCAUUGUCCCACUGGCUGGAGAGGACAGCACUGUGAAAAAUUAGAUCGUGCUCCACAGAUCCUAGACAUGGAUAGCAAUCUGGAGUGGAACUUGUACUCCAGCCCAAAGAUUUUGUGUUCUGCAACUGGUCAUCCUCUUCCCAGCCACACCAGCAUCGAGCUGCGCAAGCUGGACAGCACAGUGCUCAAGGCCUCUCGCACCACAAUGGAUUCAAACAAGAGCACUGCCCAGUUUGAAAUCGAGCGACUGACACACAAGCAUGGUGGCAUCUGGGAAUGUCGAGUUUCAACCAAUGGUGGGCAGGACUCCCGCAAGUUCAAUCUAACUGUUAAAGAGCCCCCCUGUCCCACAACUUCUCCAAAACUAAUAGAGAAGAAAAGCAAACAGCUUGUUGUGAAGCCAAUGGAAAGCUACAGAGGUGAUGGCCCUAUUGUUUCAACCAAGCUGCUCUACAAGCCCAUGGAUACAGGAGACUCCUGGUCUUCCAUCAGAGUGUACAGCAGUGAUCCUAUUACACUAAUGAACUUGAAGCCAACAACCAGGUAUCUAGUUCGAGUGCAGCUCAGUAGGCCAGGAGACAAAGGGGAGGGGCCUGAGGGUCCAGAAGCCAUAAUGGAAACUGACUGUCCAGAGCCCACAGUCAGGCCGGAGGUUGAUUUCAGCUAUCAAGAAGGGAGAAACGUCACUGUGAAGUGGCUCCUGCCCAGCAGCCUGAAACAGGCCAGUGGCUUUUUAGUGCAGCUCUACGGACCACACGAAGAGAAGCUGUGGGAAGAGACCACCUUGCUCACUGUACUCUCCACAAAGUUCUACAACCUGGAAUACCACCGCGACUACCGAGUGGUCGUCCGGCUGGUCAACUGUGGCAGCCUUGGGCCUGCUUCAAAGCCCUUUCACAUCCGCCUCAACAGCCAGGGACCCUCUUCCCCAAGAAAUGUCCAGGCUAACCCCUUGUCCGUCAGUGCAGUGAGAGUUCGUUGGCAGCCUCCUGAUGAUCCCAACGGAGGUGUUAUCAAAUACAUCAUCGAAUACAAGCCAGUGGGCCAGGACAGCCUGCUUCCCUGGGUGGACACUGAUGAUGGGAACAAGACUACCAAGGAUGUGACCGCCCUAAAUGGAAGCACUUUGUACCAGUUCAGGGUGCGAGCUUUCUCCAGCGUGCCUGGAGAGUGGAGCAGAUUUGUGCAAGCCAGGACCCCAGGAGAUGGCUCUGUUGUCUUUAGUCCCACCACUCAGGGGGUUGGCAGGCCCAUGGCAGAAGAUCAUCAGCUGUUGUGGGCUGUGGUUGGUUCAGUGGGUGUCACCUGUGUCACGAUCCUGCUAGCCUUAUUGGUCCUCUUCUACAUCCGCAAAUCCAUCGUCAAACGCAGACGCACGUUCACUUACCAGUCCGGAUCGGGAGAAGAGACCAUCCUUCAGUUCAACUCAGGAACCCUCACACUGACCCGACGACCAAAGCCCACCCCGGAACCCCUCACUUACCCCAUUCUGGACUGGGAGGACAUUAAGUUUGAGGAUGUCAUUGGUGAGGGGAAUUUUGGCCAGGUCAUCAAAGCUAUGAUCAAGAAGGAUGGCACCAAAAUAAGCGCUGCCAUCAAAAUGCUCAAGGAGUUUGCCUCAGAGAACGACCACCGGGACUUUGCUGGGGAAUUGGAAGUAUUAUGCAAGCUGGGCCAACAUCCCAAUAUUAUCAACCUCUUAGGAGCCUGCGAAAACAGAGGUUACCUCUACAUUGCUAUUGAAUAUGCUCCGUAUGGAAACCUUCUGGACUUUCUGAGGAAAAGCCGUGUUCUGGAGACAGACCCAGCCUUCGCUAAAGAACAUGGCACUGCCUCCACACUCACAUCCCAGCAGCUCCUGCAAUUCGCUGUUGAUGUGGCAACCGGCAUGCAUUACCUUAGUGACAAACAGUUUAUUCACAGAGAUUUGGCAGCCAGGAAUGUACUGGUUGGAGAAAACCUGGUGGCAAAAAUUGCUGAUUUUGGAUUGUCACGAGGGGAGGAGGUGUAUGUCAAAAAGACCAUGGGGAGAUUGCCUGUGCGAUGGAUGGCUAUUGAGUCGCUGAACUACAGUGUGUACACCACAAAGAGUGAUGUCUGGUCUUUCGGGGUCCUUCUUUGGGAGAUUGUAAGUUUAGGUGGAACUCCAUACUGUGGGAUGACUUGUGCUGAGCUGUACGAGAAGCUUCCUCAAGGUUAUAGGAUGGAGAAGCCAAGGAACUGUGAUGAUGAAGUGUAUGAGCUGAUGAGACAGUGCUGGCGAGACAGGCCUUAUGAGCGACCACCAUUUUCUCAAAUAUCAGUCCAGCUCAACAGAAUGCAGGAGGCCAGGAAGGCCUACGUCAACAUGGCUCUCUUUGAAAACUUCACCUAUGCUGGAAUAGAUGCAACUGCAGAGGAAGCCUGACUACCCGCCCCCCCAGACUCCAGCAGGUUCCACAGUCCGAGGGAGGCUCACCACACCAGGGCGCUUCGCUACUGCCAACCGCCUCCUGCCCGAUUUCAUCGCUCAAAGCCACUCUCGACCAGAACCACAUGGUUAUAAAGGAAAGACUGUGAAAGGACACUUGUAGGGCCUCUGAUUCCGUUGGUUAGAGGUGGAUGGUCUCAUUACGUGGUGAUAUAGGAUGGUCGUCGGCCUUUGAAUGCUAAAAAAGCUGUGGAGCCUAAAACAUUGUCCUUAUGCGCUUGUUCCUGCUGGGGUCUGUGGGGAUUUGAACUACUCAGUGAACUCAUUGUUCUCUCGGAAGAGUUGCCUUAUGAAGUGGUGAAAUGGACACACAUUUUAAUACAGUUCCUUCCAAUGGACAAAGAUGCCAUACCAGAUGUUAUAUGUAGCACUUGAGAUAAUGAAAGAGAAACUCACUAAGUGUACCACAGUCCUUUCACUGCCACAUGUAUAUAUUUGACUUUGGAUAUCUUUCCUCGUGUGUACAUAUAGAGUACCUUAUAUCUAGGUGCUUCCUUUGGAAAACACCUUGUUUUCUAAACAUUAUCUAGCAGUAGAGCCUGUUUGAGUUUUUUGCAUGUCAUCAUAUGUUACAUGUACAGUUAAAGGACAUUAUAGAACUGGAAAUGUUUUCAUUUUAUAAAUAAAGCAUUUAUACAAUGUUGA